AUGUUUGUUUACUACCGGAGGAAGAGGAGAAUGCGUGAGGUGCAGCAGAAGCAGCAGCGGCAAGUGCGUUCUUCACAGCCAGCUCAGGUCUCAGAUCAAACUUGCUUAGAUCCUUCUUCAUCCAUAAAUGCAGCUAGUAGACCUACCAUCAUUAAUGAUUUGUCUUGUCAGUCUCGGUAUGCUAGUUCUGCUGCAACUAAAACUGCGACAACUGCAUCAAUUACUUCAGCACCCGUAGAUGAUGCCCACUUUACUCGGAAGGAUGAGACUCACUUUACGCUCGUUAGUGCCGGUAUCGAGGCUGAUUAUGCUAACUCGAUUCGCCCCAGUGCCGCCGAUAGCACUAGUCCUGCCAAAACUUCCUUGGCAGAUUACGCGACUUCGACGACUCAUUUGAACCAAGGACAUCCAUUUCAACUUCCAUCAAGCAUUGGUUAUCGUAAUUCCGGUGCUGUGAUUCACCUGCCAACACUGAAUUGUAGUCUUGGUUCAGUCAUCAGUCCUGUUGCUGUGUCAAGUAGUCCUACAAAUCGGCUGCCAAAUUGUAGUGUCGAGACUUGGCGCUACCACGCUGGAGCUCCACGAACCGCACGAUCGCCGCCUGGGGUAUUGACGGAAAAAAUUACUGCUGGCUACAAUUUUUCGGGAUCUGGGCCUGCCGCUAAGGCUGCCUCAUUUGGACCUGAUCUUUUGGCUCCAGUCUUGUCCUGA